CCCGCAACCCAACAAUGUCAAUCAAUUAAAAAAAAACAAAAACAAAGCCAAAACCCAAAAAGCCCCUUUUUCAGGUAAACCGAGUCGCAGCAGUCGUUGUUUCUUCUUGCCAUAUAUGGUGAUGAUAAACACUUACAUUACUGACUGGAUCGGCCAAUUUCUCGCUUGCAUGGGUGGUUGCUUUGGGUGCUGCAGUAAGUCCACCCCAAUUAUCGCUGUGGAUGAGCCAUCAAAGGGAUUGAAAAUUCAAGGGCGGACUGUGAAGAAACCUACCAUAUCAGAUGAUUUUUGGAGCUCAAGCACAUGUGAUUUGGAAAACAGUGCAGUUCAAUCCCAGAGAAGCAUUUCAUCUAUCAGCAUAAAUCAGACCCUCAAUCACUGCAGUGGAAAUAAUGGCACAAGCAGCCAUUCUGAAUUUGUUAAUCAUGGAAAGUUUCAACAAUAUUUAAUUUUAGUUUUCUUAUCAAUUUCUGGUCUUCUUCUGUGGAAUCAAGUAAGAUGUCAAUGGAUUGGAAAUAGCAAGCCAAAGAAUGAAACUCAACAUAGUUGGGAACCUAAAUCAAGUUGGCCUGCCACAUAUGAAAGUUUACUUGGAACCAAAAAUCCUUUUCCCGGGCCCAUCCCUCUCAGCGAAAUGGUUGAUUUUCUGGUGGAUGUAUGGGAGCAGGAAGGAUUGUAUGAUUGAGUAAUUGAAAUGCAAAAAUGGUUCACUUUAUCAUAUGUGAAGCUCCCUACAUCUCUGUAUGCUUAAGUGGAUUCUGUAAAUGAUUUUGGGGAAAUGGAAGAACAAUUUGAUCAA